UAGAUAAACUGUGCUGAAGGAGCUCUUUCGUAACUUCGAUUCCAUUUUUUGAAAGAUUUGAGCUGCUAACUCCAGUGCUGAUCAAUCCGCCAAUGUAGCAGUGCCACACACAUUGCAGCAACGAAUAGUGAAGAGAGACGGAAAGAGACGUUCGUUUUCAUUUUAGAAGCUUCUCUCUCCCAUUCUUCGCUCCUCUUCCCUCAGGAUCAUCGAUGUGACGGACGUCUUCCGUCUCUUCUUUGUCAAAACUAACCCUUCGACCCAGAAUUUCUCUCUCUGAUUCAGUUUCUUUCCAUCCCUGAGUAAUGGCGUCGUCGCUUCCAGCUGCCUCUGCAACAGCAGCAGCUUCUGCAUCCAAAACGACGACUUCAACCUCCUCUUUGCCCUAUGACCAACGCCAUUGCUGCCACUCGAGGGUCUCAUUUAACCUCUCUUCGAAGCCAAAGCUCCUAUUUUCCACCAAGGUUCAACCUUUUACUUGGAAUCAUUCCAGGGUGGUCAAGGCGCAGUCAAAUGAGGUUGCUGUCGAUGGAUCAUCAAAUGCUGAAGAAAUUCCUGCAACCAAAUCAGAUGUACUGGCAUCAGAGGAAAAGAAUGCUAAGCCAGUGAAGGAGCCUUCUCAUGCUGCUUUGGCCACAGAGGAGUCACUCUCUGAGUUUAUAAAUCAAGUUUCAAACCUUGUGAAGCUAGUUGACUCUAGGGAUAUUGUGGAGCUGCAGAUGAAGCAACUUGACUGUGAAUUAGUUAUCCGUAAGAAGGUGGCCUUGCCUCAGCCACUAUCUCCUGCUCCUAUGGCCAUGAUGCAUCCUUCCUCUCCAUCACCAGCCAUUCCAUCAGCUUUCCCUCCUCCACCACCUGCAGCUGCCCCUACAGCUGCCCCUACUCCUUCAACCUCAACCCCUCCACCUUCUCCACCUCCAUCUAAGGUAGCCAAGUCAUCGCUUCCUCCCCUUAAAUGCCCCAUGGCUGGGACAUUCUACAGGAGCCCGGGACCUGGUGAACCUCCAUUUGUGAAGGUUGGAGAUAAAGUUCAAAAAGGGCAGGUCUUGUGCAUCAUUGAAGCCAUGAAAUUGAUGAAUGAAAUUGAAGUGGCAUUCCCUACUCUGUACGUUGGGCCUCAGGAAUAUAAGUUAUGCUGCAGGCAGGAGCCAGCCAGUGCCGGUACGGGUCCCGGCCCACACCGGCUAACCCCUAAAAGGUAACCCCAGAUCAUAAAU